AUGGCGGCGGCACCUGUUGUUUUCGAGGAGCUGUUCACGCUGCCCUCGGUGGGCAUCAGCCCGACGCAUAUCAGCUUCAGCAACGUCACCAUGGAGUCAGACCGUGUCAUCUGCGUUCGGGAGACCUCUGACCAGGGAAAUAAGCUGGCGAUUAUAGAUGUUACAAAGCCCGACCAGAUCGUGCGGCGACCGAUAACCGCGGACUCGGCAAUAAUGAACCCCGAGAGCCGCAUCAUUGCCCUGAGAGCAGGUGCGCAGAUCCAGUUAUUCGACAUCACAUCUAAGACGCGUAUCAAGUCAUACCUGUUGUCAGAGGGCGAUAUUGUGUUUUGGAAAUGGCUCUCUGGGCGCACCUUGGGGAUCGUUACUGCGAACGCGGUGUACAGCUGGUCGAUUGACGCUUCGAGCACCGCGCCGCCUGCAAAAGUAUUCGAUCGACACCCAGCGCUGGCCGCCUGCCAAGUUAUUAACUUAGUUGCUGGUGUAGGUGAACGCUGGUUAGCUCUGGUUGGGAUCCGCGCCGACGACACCGCUCCCGGUGGUGUGCUGGGCAAGAUCCAGCUGUAUGCUGUGGAUCGCGGUGUGAGUCAGAUUCUCGAUGGCUAUGCAGCAGGCUUCUGUGAUCGCUACCGGAUUGAUUCUCAGGAUGUUACGGGUACGCAUCUGUUCGCGUUCGCGAGCAAGACCAAAUUCCACGUGGUGGAGGUCGCUCAGGAUAGGAAGCCAGAUGGUGCUCCGCGCUUCGAGAAACGCAUCACGAAUAUCGUAUACGCACCUGGCAUGGAUAACGAUUUUCCCGUGGCAUUGCAGGUAUCGAGCAAACUGUCGGUGGCGUAUCUGCUGACCAAGUACGGCUACAUCCAUGCGUUUGAUUUGGAAUCGGGCAAGUUGAUCUACGCGAAUCGCAUUAGUGAAUCUCCUGUUUUUGUUAGCACAUCACACAGAGAGACAGGCGGAUUAAUAGGAAUCAACCGACGGGGGCAGGUUCUUGUUUUUGCAAUCGACCCAUCUCUGGUCGUUGAGUACAUCCUGAGGGAGACAAACGACCUGGAUCUGGCCAUCAAGUUCGCGGCACGGAAUGCGCUGCCCGGUGCAGAUGAUCUUUUCGCGCAACAAUUUCGCCUCCUCUUUGAUUCGGGAAAAUACCGUGAGGCGGCUCAGGUCGUUGCGGAAUCGCCUGCUGGGAAUCUGCGCACGCCUCAAACCAUGGAGAUGUUCAAGGCGGCGACACCACAACCGAAUGUACCAUCGCCUCUCCUUUUGUACUUGCAGGUGCUCUUGGAGCACGGCAACCUCAACAAUGUUGAAUCGAUCGAACUUGGUCGGCAGGUCGUCGCAUAUUCCCGGCUGGGUUUGCUUGAGCGAUGGAUCAAGGAGAACCGAAUCGAAUGCUCUGAGGAGCUUGGCGAUCUAGUAAGAGCUGCCAACGAUCAUCGCUUGGCUCUGGCGAUUUACCUGAAAGCCGGUGCGCAUCGCAAGGUGUUUGAUGGUCUCAUUCAACUCGGCGAAUACAAGCGAGCCGCGGAAUACGCGAAACGGAAUGGUAUUCCAGUGGACGCGCUUUCCCUGAUCCAGAGCGCUUUGGCAACCAGCCCAAAGGUCGCGCUCGAGGUCGCGGAGUCGCUGGCAACAGAUACCGCAGACCACGCGGCGGUAGCGGACCUGUUUCUGCAACGCGGGAUGGUGCAGGAAGCGACCUCAUAUCUUUUGGAUGUUAUGCGCGAGGAUCGCCCGGAGCAAGGUGACUUGCAGACCAAAGUCCUUGAGAUCAACUUGACCUUGGGUGCUCCGCAGGUAGCUGAUGCGAUACUUGCUCAGGAGAUGUAUACACAUUUUGAUAAGCAGCGGAUUGCUGUGCUUUGCGAGCGGGCGGGACUUGCUCAGCGCGCUUUGCAGCUGUACACUCGUCUUAGCGAUGUCAAAAGGAUACUGGUUACAUUGUCGCAUGCAAUUCAACCGGAGUACUUUCUCUCAAUUUUCGCGAAUCUUUCUCCCGACGACAGCCUCGAGCUGCUCGAUGAACUAUUGACCAACGACUUGCGCGGCAACAUACAGCGGGUGGUGCAGGUUGCCAUCCGCUACUCAGAUGCUCUGGGACCAUCACGUCUGAUUGACCUCUUCGAGAAGCACCAGUGCUAUGAAGGAAUGUAUCUGUACCUCGGGGCAAUUUUGGCAACCAGCAAGUCGCCCUAUGUCGUUGCCAAAUACAUCGAAGCAGCCUGUCGAACGCAGCAGUGGUCUGAGGCGGAGCGCGUCACCCGCGAAUCGGAUCUGUACAAUCCCGAGCAAGUGAAGGAAUUGCUCUUUGAAUUGAGACCCAAAGACCCUCGUCCGAUCAUCAAUGUGUGCGAAAAAGGCGGUGAUGUCGAAGACAUGGUUCGGUACUUUGUGAAGCAGAAUCAGCUUGAAAUCGUGAAAGGCUAUGUUCAGCGAAUCAACCCCGGCAAUACGCCAGCCGUCGUGGCUGCGCUACUCGACUCUGACAGCUCUUCGGUUGACGACGUCUAUAUCAAGUCGCUGCUGAUGAGCAUCAAAUCACUGGUGCCUAUCGAGGCCGUCACGCAGGUGCUCGAAGAACGUCAGAAGCUGAAACUGAUGCUGCAGUUGCUGGAAGCACUGGUUGCCGAGGGCAGCAAAGACAGAGCGGUUCAUACCGCGUUGGCCAAGGUCUACGUCGACGCCAACAUCAACCCGGAGCAUUUCCUCGAGACGAACGAGUUUUAUGAUGCUCGAAUUGUGGGCAACUUUUGUGAACGGCGUGAUCCGCUUCUCGCGUUCAUUGCGUACGCGCACGGUGCAUGUGAUGACGAUGUGCUGCGCGUAACAAGCGAUCACGGCCUCUGGCGGGAGCAGGCACGCUACGUUAUCGAGCGGAUGAACCCGGAACUCUGGGCACGCGUCCUCGAGGAGAGCAACCCCAAUCGGAAGACCCUGCUCACGCAGGUAAUCGGGUCUGCCCUGAUGGAGAAUCGUAAUCCGGAGCAAGUCAGUGCCGCAGUGAAAGCACUCAUGCGAGCUGGAUUACAGAACGAGCUUCUAGAACUUUUGGAGAAGCUGGUUUUGCAGGCGGGCGGAACUUUUGCGAACAAUACAUCUCUCCAAAACCUGCUGCUGUUGACGUCAAUUCGAUCAGCACCCGAGCGCACCGGUGACUAUAUUCGCCGCCUGGACGCGUUUGACGGCGCAACAAUCGGCCAGCUGUGCUUGGAGCACGACCUCUACGAUGAGGCAUUUGCGACUUUCGCCAAGUUCGAAAUGCACGUCGAGGCUGUGAGCGUUCUCAUUGACCAAAAGAAGGACAUUGUCAUGGCGAACGAGUACGCAGCACAGCACGACCGUGCGGAUAUCUGGGCACGGCUCGGCGACGGCUUGCUUCGUCUGGGAGAGCUUACCAAGGCCGUUCAAGUGUACAUGCGCGCUGGUGUGACCAAUCGCUACCGGCCACUGAUCCAGGCGUGUCGCAAGACCGGCGCCUUUGCUGACCUCGCCACAUACCUCCAGUUUGUGCGCAGCAAGCAGCUCGGCAUUGACGAGGAACUCAUCGACAGCGAACUGGUGUACGCGCUUGCCUGCUGUGAUCCUCCAAAGUUGUCACAGUUGGAGGAGCUUCUCGCUUCGCCGCAGUCAGCGGAUUUAGACGCUGUCGGGGACCGUCUCUUCAGUGAAGGUAAGUACGAAGCCGCCCGUUUGUUGUUUGUCGCUGCCAACAACUACGCACGUUUGGCCGAGUGCCUGGUAUACAUGCGGGAAUUUACGGCAGCACUGGAGGCGGCACGCAAAGCGAACAAACUGCGUACCUGGAAGACUGUUUGCUAUGCGUGUGUGGAGGCACAGGAGUUUCGCAUUGCAGAGCUGUGCGCGUUGCAUCUGAUUGUGGUCCCCGAGGAGCUCGACGAGGUCAUUCGGGUCUACGAGACGCGUGGCUAUUUCGAUCAGAUUAUGAGUGUACUGGAGAACGGUCUCGGACUGGACAAAGCGCACAAUGGCAUGUUUACCGAGCUCGCGGUGCUCUAUAGCAAGUACGCAGAGCAAAAGGUCAUGGAGCACCUCCUCGUUUACUGGUCGCGCUGUAAUCUGGCCAAAGUCAUCCGGGCUCUGGAGAGUGCACACCUGUGGAAUGAGCUUUGCUUUGCCCACAUGCGGUACGAGGAAUACGACGCUGCUGCAAUGAUUAUGAUGGAACAUGCACCACUUGCUUGGUCGCACAAGGGCCUCGAAGAGUGUCUUGCCGCCGUCACUGGCGCCGAAGUCCUCUAUCGCGCAGUCUCAUUCUACAUGGACGAGCACCCUGAUUUGCUCAUUGAGCUCUUGGGCGUGCUGCAAUCGCGCCUGGACCCGGGCCGCGUGCUCUCCAUGGCUCGUCAGCACGGCCUCGACAAGUUCGGUCCUCUAGGCCACGUUCCCUUGUUGAAGCCGUACAUGCUGCGCGUACAGGAUAAGAAUUUGGCCGAAGUUAAUGAAGCGUUGAACGAAGUCCUCAUCAUGGAAGAAGACGUGGACGCCCUGGUUCUCUCCGUGGAGCGCUACCCGAACUUUGACCAAAUGGCACUGGCUCAGCGUCUGGAGAAACACGAGCUCCCGCUCAUGCGUCAAGUCGCUGUGCUGCUGCUCCGCCGCAGCCAGAAAUACGAACGAGCACUUGAGCUCUGCAAACGAGAUAUGGCAUUCCGGGAGGCUGCUGAGAUCGCCGCAGAAUCAGGCUCUGCGAGCCUCGCUGAAUCCAUAGCGCGCUACUUUUUAGAGAGCAAUCUGAAGGAGGCCUUUACCAUGGCCCUGUACUUGUGUUAUCCGCUGCUGCGCCCCGAUCUUGUUCUGGAGUGGACCUGGCGCUUUGGUGCUUCGGACUAUGCGAUGCCGUUCUACAUCCAAACCCUGCAUGAUUACGGGAAACGCUUGGAAGCACUGGAACGUGCAGAGCGCGAUCAUCGAACCACGAAUCGCAAGGAGCGCACGAACGCUGCCAGCGGCUCGGAGUCGUUGCUGCGCAGUCUGACGGCAUCGACACCGAUGCUUAUGGCGGGCACGCCACCAACUGGACCGACGCCGCCCUCGAGUCUCUACUUUGGCGCUAGUGGACCGGUGCCGUCGAUGCGCAUGCCAUCUCCUGCGGCGUCUGCACCAGCAGCAGCGGGUAUGGCAGGGAAUAGCGCACGCGGCCGCAAUCCGUAUUUCGGAACGUAA